AUGAAAAAAUUGUUUUCAGUUAUAAAUGAAGGACAAUUUGGUAGUCCAGAAGAAUUCAAACCAUUAAUUGACUCCAUAAAGUACUAUGGGGAUUAUUUUGUUGUAAGUGGUGAACUUAAUUUAUUUUUAGAUGCUCCCAAAAAGUUAGAAAAUGUAUUUGGUCACCAUGAAGGUGACUCAGGGGAUGUUAAUUAUUUACAUGAAUGGGCGAAAAAAUAUGUUUGA